AAUUUCCAAUAUGGCGGCUGUAUUGAACAAUUAUUCUGGGAAAUUGCCUCUUUUUAUUCGGCCGUUGUAGUUAUUUUGAAAUAGUGGAUCAUAGCGACAGUGUCUCCCGUAUCUGGUGUUUAGAAGGUUGCCUUCCAUGUAGUGGUUCUUAGAUCAAAAGGAUUUUAUUAAGUAUGGCUGAUGCACCAGAGAAACAAGGAGAGCCCAUAGUUCCUGGUUUUGAUUUGAAGCAGUUAGAAAACAUUAUCGUGGAAAUUCCUGGGAGAGCCUAUGAAGGGGGAAAGAAAAAUAAAAGGAAACGGUCUGUGAAAACAAAAGAUGCAACUUUAGCCUUGAAUGGACCGGAAGAACAAAAUCACCAAGAAAAACCUGAUAACAGAAGGAAACGAUCUGGUAGCGGUCGGCCAAGACAAAGCCCUACUGGUAACCAGGAGCGUACUGCUGUUGUAAAACCUGGCGCAACAAGUGAAGAGAGUCAAGAGACUUCAACGUCUGUCAAGAGUCAAGAGACUUCAACAUCUGUCAAAAGUCCUAGUUUGUCUAGCGAGCAACCAACUCACGUUAAAGAUAAUAGAAAGAAAGCUGCCAAGAAGAAGAAGUCACGUGAAACGUUGAGUAAUGACUCCUCUGAUGCCGCCUCGGCCAGGGGAAAGGAUAAUAUUCAGUUGAAAAAGAAGGAUUUUCCUGAAGUGACUUUCGGGAAGACUCCCAAAGAGAUAAUUGGUGAAUUGAAUGAGGAGGAGCCUGGGGAGGAACUUCUAAGUAUAUUCGCAAAAGACCACAUGUAUCCCCUGAAAGAGAAAUCUUCCAAGUUUCCACUUGCCAAAUACCACUGCCAAGCCUGUGACUAUCAUUGUGACACUGUUGUUGUUUGCCAAAGACAUGUCAAGGAUAAAAAACACAAGAGAAUGGUUCUGGCAUUAGAAGAAGAAGAAGCGCUUCGUAAUUUGCCACCGUUAAGCAAAGUUCAUAUAAAGGUUUUGGAUGCAUUAUUACUAAACAUUAUUGAACAACAAGGGUUAACAGCUCAGGAAAUUGAAACACGAUAUAAUAUUGUGAAGAAUUUGAAUGCAGUUAUCAGUGCUGAUAUUAAAGGAUGCCAAUUCCAUCUGUUUGGCUCUUCAUCAAAUGGCUUUGCUUUAAGACAUAGCGAUGUUAAUAUUGAUAUAGAAAUUGAGAAAGGAAUUCAGACGUCGAAAGUACUACUGCAACUGCUUGACAUACUCAAGAAAAGUUAUAGCUAUAGUAAAGUUGUUAGUCAUUUCACUGUCAAAAUCCCAUCGAUACACUUUGUGGAUAAAAAAAGCGGCUUGCGAUGCAUUAUUACGUAUGUUGAAACUGACGCCAGUCGUCAGACUUCACGGUUGUUGUCCUUGUAUUGCGAGAUCGAUCCCCGUGUGAGGACUCUCGGCAUAGUGCUACGUUACUGGGGAAAGCUAUGUCACAUUGACAAACAAGACAUGGGUAGUCUACCAUCGCACGCGUUUCCCCUUAUGGUCAUAUAUUACUUACAACAAUGUCAACCACCAGUACUUCCCGUCCUACAUUCCCUCAUUUCCAAAGGUGAAACUGAACGAAGUAAAUUACUUGGUAAUGACAGCAUGUAUAGUUACUUUGAUGAUCUCAGUCAGCUAAGUAAUGUCUGGAAGUGUAAAAAUGAGAGCAGUGUUGGUGUGCUGUGGGUUGGGCUAUUUAGAUUUUAUGCAUUGGAAUUCAACAUGAAUGACAUUGUGGUCUGUAUAAAGCAAUCCACACCCAUGGCGAAGGAGUUGAAGAAAUGGAGUACAAAGAAGAUCACCAUAGAAGAUCCAUUCAUGCCGAAGCGAAACCUAGCACGUUGCGUGAACAGUCAGUUAGUCUUUGAAUACAUACAAGACCGACUGAGAGAUGCCCUCAGGUUCUUCAGUUUACCACCUACCACAACUAGCAAUAAACAAUCAUCAGCUAAGGCCAAACGUAGCCGGCCACAACCAGCUUCUAAUGCUAGUCAUAAAACGCAUCAACCUAUUGACACUACUUCCGCCGAUGUAAAUAACACAUUAUUACCAGAUACAUUUACCAAGCCCGGUGCUACAGACCAAGUCAACACAGCUGCCAUCAAUGAUGAUAGUGCUAUACUACACUGCAUAAUGUCGUCACAAACCUGGGACAGUUCUGUAAACAAUGUGAUAACUGAUAAGCCAUGCACUACGUUAGAAAAUACUUCGACGCCGCAUGAUGCGGUCGUCGUCACCACCAGCCUUGCCAACUCAGGGGAUGACUCUCAGAUACCAGAACUUAAACAGAAUUUAGAGUCUCUGCGAAUAGACUCGGUGCCAUUAAACUGUCCUGUGACGACAGAAGAGAAUAACGUUGAUAUUGUUCAUGAGGAACAUAGUAUAAGCACUUCCAAUGUGCAGUCAAGAGAUCAUAGUGAUGGCAACUAUGUUGAUGUGGACGUCGUUGUUGAUGCAGACCUUGUUGAGGAGGUGGAAGAGGAAGAGGUUGAUUCACCGAAGGAAGUUAUUCUCUCACUUCUAAAUGAAGUUCUGGAUGAAACUUUCGAAGAACUUGAAGGUGAUCUUGGAGAAGAGGAGAUGGAAGAUGAUAAGAUGGAGGAGACGAGGCGAGUGUCCUCCAAGGAAGAGCUCGAUGAGGAUGAUUGGGACGAUGUCUCCGCCGAUGACGAAAAGUCUGCGAGCGAACUAGAAGAGGAGAAAACAAGGGAUGUGUUUGUAUUGAUAGAGGAUGAGACGGGUGCCAAGUUGAGAUUGGGUUUUAAUCAGAUUGCCUUGACUGGCGGUGGAAAGAUACCCACUGUUGUGUGUAAUGAGUGCAAAAGAGAAGGACAUAUGAAAGAUGACUGUCCAGAUGAUAAGACUCCUGUUUUACAAGCUUUACCCAGGAUGAUGCCAGACUUUAUACUAAGACUUAACAAACUGUGCUUAGAAAUGCCUGGUACACAUGCACCAAGUGACAGAGAAGUACAGAACAGAAACAACGUUCUAAGAGACCUGGAACGAUACAUCAGGACACAAUUUGAUGAUGACGCACAGUUAUGUUUGUUUGGUUCGUCUAUUAACUGUUUUGGAUUCAAGCAAAGCGAUCUAGAUAUCUGUAUGACGUUUCGUGGUGUAGACACUACAGAGGAUUUAGAAACUCCAGUACCGGAAAUAAUUGAGAGCUUGGCAGCAAAACUGAAAAGAUAUAAUGCAGUGUACAAUGUGAUACCCAUACCGACAGCCAAAGUACCAAUCGUAAAGUUUGUACAUCGGAGGACUCAACUAGAAGCCGAUAUAAGUCUUUAUAACACACUCGCGCAGCACAAUACGCGCAUGUUAGCGGCAUAUGCUAAUAUUGAUGUCAGGGUUCAACAACUGGGUUACACCAUCAAAGUCUUUGCUAAGAGGUGUGAUAUCGGCGAUGCAAGUAGGGGUAGUCUAUCGUCCUAUGCUUAUAUAUUAAUGAUGUUAUAUUUUUUACAACAAAGGAAACCUCCAGUUAUACCAGUCUUACAGGAGUUGUACAAAGGCGAGACCAAACCAGAGACGUUGGUUGAUGGUUGUAAUGCAUGGUUUUAUGACGAUAUAAAGAAUUUAAAUAAAGUGUGGCCGGAAUAUGGUACAAACACCGAGUCUGUUGGCGAACUCUGGAUUGGACUGCUCAGGUUUUAUACAGAGGAAUUUAAAUUCAAGGAGCAUGUGAUCAGCAUUAGACAGAAACAACUGUUGACGCGGUUUGAAAAGAUGUGGACGUCAAAGUGUCUGGCUAUUGAGGAUCCAUUUGAUCUGAGUCAUAAUCUAGGUGCAGGGGUAUCUAGGAAAAUGAACACUUACAUCAUGAGUGCAUUUCAGAGAGGAAGAACUAGAUUUGGUACUCCGGUUAAAGAGUUCCAUAGUGACUGGGAUUAUUUCUUUGAUAUUCGCUACCUGACCAAUGGUACUGGACCACCUAAUGACCGGGGAUGUAGAAUAUGUGGUAAGAUUGGACAUUAUAUGAAAGAUUGUCCCAGGAGGCGGAAGAAGAGUGGUGAGAGAAAAGAAAAUGAAAGUAACAGGGAUGACGUUGAUGGAGAUACAAGAGAUGACAGUAAAUCUGAACAAAAGAAAGUGAUGGAAAAACAGCGAAACCGCUCAGGACACAUGAAGCAUUCCCAACAACAGCAACAGCAGUAUCAUCAUCAUCAGCGUGUGCAACAACCAAACAAAGGCCAGGGGAGACAACAAAGUGAUAAUCAGUACACGGGCGUGUCACUGUUCCAGAAUUUACCAUACAGACCUACCCGUCAUCAGUCUGGCGGUAACGAAGGUUACCAAUAUAUGUACACUCAGAGUGCUCCGCAAAGUAUACCGCAGCCGCUUUACUACGCAAAUAGUACUCGUAACGACAGGUAUGACGAUAGCAGUGUAAGUCCUCCUGCCAUGUCUAUUUCACCACAUUCUCCAGGGAGAGGUCAACAACAGCCGCAGUAUAUACUACAUGCCCAACCCACUACACCACCUUUCAGUACAGGCAAUAACCAAGCCUUUGAAGACUCUCCAAGACAUUACGAUAGACAGAGGUCAUACAACGGUGGCAGAACCCCUGGAAGGCAAGGAUAUCCACGUCACUUUGCCUGGGAUGAGAGUCAGACGUAUGUGUCCCCCCAUCCUGCGCGUGGAUAUCAACAGUAUAGAUCCAAUAAUACUGGACAGAACAGAAGUAGUUCGCAUUAUGGUCGGGGUGGAGGUGGAAGCAGUGGCGGUGGUGGAAGCGGUGGCGGAAGAGGGAAUCAGUAUUUUAACCAAUCCAAGAGAUUCUGAAAGUCUUUUAUUUUCACAUUUUGAAAAGAGGUAAUAUUAGAAUAGAACUUUUGUAAUAUAUAUUUCGACUGUACUAAAAUAUAAGUAAGGGGGAGGGAGGUUCUUGUCG